AUGUCGAGUGAGUCAUCAGAGGAAAAUGAAAUAGACGAAAAUGAAAUAGACGAGUUCUUUAAAAGUUAUUCGAAGUGGUCGUUGUUAGGCUUCUUGCAAUACAGACAAGUACAAGAUGACUUUUCUUACGUAAAAUUGCGGGAAUAUAAACUCUACGAAAGCUCAUUAGAGAAAUUAUCCAAUGAUUAUGCAAGACAACGCUUAAAGUACGUUCCGGCCAACGAGGCUGUAACAACUUUCCUUCCCUCGGUGUCCUUGAACCAAGAGCUCGAGUACGUUUCGGUCACACGUGACGUACUGACAAACCCACAAAGCGAGAAAAAUUCUUUAGCAGUGAAAAAAUUUUGGAUGAUGGUUGGCAAAAAACGUCUUGAAAUCGAAAUUGAACAGUUGAAUUAUGCAAAUUGCAAAAGGUGCCGCGUGCGUAAUGUAACGACCAAUGAAUCGAUGGGAACACGAGAUCAUGCCAGAAAUCAAGAAGAGGUCAACUCUGGUGAAGAAGAACUAGCUAAUGAUUCGAGGAAUUAUUUGAGAGAACCACCGGAAUCGAUGGCUAAAAAGGUGGAAAGAAUUCCAUUGACGGUGAACGACAUCGACUUUGAGAAAAUUUUUAUAGAUUACCGUGACAAACUCGAAGACAUCUUUGACGAUAUCAUGGAUAUGCGACCGACUUCACGCUUCGCGAAUGAAAUUUCAGAAGAAUCAUGGGUAGAGUUUGUGACAAGCACGUAUCCCGAACACGAUCUACCCGAGGACUGGGAAGGGUUUAUACUAGAAUUCUUCAAACCAAAGGAUAGUCUAGGAGAAUGGAUAAAAGGUUGGCGUGAACUCCUUAGCCCAAAAAUCAACGGAAACAAAAUUCCCAAAGACUUGGCGGAUGCAAUUCACAAUAUACUUACACCAUAUCUUGAGGUGCCAGUGCAAAGUAGCAAAUAUCGUCUUAAUGCAAACAUCAAUCCAAUCACUGAUGAAGUCUUAGAGGCGGAAUGUACAGAUGGGCUUGCUCGUCUUUGGCCAAGUCGUGAAGAAGUAUUUCUAUACGAACAAACAGGACCCCCGAACUUCGAUGACAUUAAGCAACUUUAUAUUCAUGAUCAUAAGCUUAUUAGAUUAAUGAAAGAUGUGCUGAACCAAAGAUCCUUCAUGAAAGAAAGUGUCGAAGUGAAAAGGCCACAUGUUGAACCAAAACAAAUGUUGCUGAUCAGACGACUGAUAAGUAUGGAAAUGUUGGAUCGAUCAACAACUGAUGAACCCAAAAAACGGAAGUUAAAUGAGUACAUGUUUUUGGAUUAG